AUGUCUAAGGUAUCAAUAUUCAUCUCGUUGUACUGUGCGCAACAACUGGCAAGAGGAGAUCACUACACAAACACACAGGCACAGCUCGUCACAACGCGCCGGGCGGCGGGCGAGCGGCGCCGAGCGACCGUCGGCCGUCUGGUCGCGCGCGGGUACUGCACCGCGGCGGGGGCGGGGGGUGAGCGCGGGGGAGAGGAGAGGGAGGAGCGCGAGCAGGAGGAGGGCGGCGUGCUGACGCACCUGGACGCGGAGGGGCGCGCGCGCAUGGUGGACGUGAGCGGGAAGGCGGUGACGGCGCGCGCGGCCGAGGCCGAGUGCGCGCUGCUGGUGUCGGCGCGCCUGCUGCGGCUGCUGCGCGACGCCAGCCUGCCCAAGGGCGACGCGCUCACCGUGGCACAGGUGGCGGGCGCGCUGGCCGCCAAGCGCACGGCCGAGCUGAUCCCGCUGUGCCACGCGCUGCCGCUGGCCGCGGCGCGCGUGCGCGUGCUGCUGCCGCGCGGCGAGUGCGCGCACGGCGGCGCGCUGCGCGUGCGCUGCGAGGUGCGCGCCGCCGCUCGCACCGGCGUCGAGAUGGAGGCGCUCACCGGCGCCGCGGUGGCCGCGCUGGCGCUCUACGACAUGUGCAAGUCGGUCGACCGCCACAUGACCAUCACCGACCUGCGCGUCGUGCGCAAGUCGGGCGGCUCGCACGACUUCGCGGAGGCGGCGCCCCCCUCGCCCACCUCCCCCGCACGCCCCGCACACUCCGUGCGCCCACACAACACGUCGCCGCACAAGCCCGCCGAGACCUACGCGCCUUCGGACCUCAUGCACUUCUAG